AUGAAACCAGAAGACCUCCUCCGCCACCCACUCCCCACCCAAACCUCAAAAUUGACCCUUAACUGCCCCCUUCUUGACCGCCUUCUCCAUGGAGGCAUCCCUUGCGGCACCAUAACCGAAAUCGCCGCCGAGAGCGGCGUUGGGAAAACCCAAUUCUCCCUCCAGCUCCUCCUAGCCGCCCAACUCCCCGCCGCACGUGGAGGCCUCUCUGCUUCAUCCCUUUGCCUGCACUCUGAAUUUCCCUUCCCCGUCCGCCGCCUGCACCAACUCUCGCUAUUUUAUCAGUCCCAUAUUCCUAAUAAUCCUCUAGACCGUAUUUUUAUCCAACCCCUCCAAUCCCCCGACCACCUGCUCGACCUUUUGUCCCGCCUAGAUUCCAUUAUUUCCCGAUUGAAUAUUAGGUUAAUUGUUAUUGAUUCUAUAGCAGCAUUGUUCCGCUCAGAGUUUGAUAACACCCCACUUGAAUUAAAGCGGAGAUCGAGCUUGUUUUUUAAGAUAUCUUCAAAAUUAAAAUACCAAGCUCAAAAAUUUGGGCUGGCUGUUGUGGUGACUAACCAAGUAGUGGAUGUGAUUGAGUCUUCGGGUAAUUUGAGGAUUGGGAAUUCAGGAUUUUUGUGCUCGUCUGGGAGGAGAGUUUGCCCGGCUUUGGGUUUGUCAUGGGCGAAUUGUGUGAAUAUAAGGUUGUUUUUAUGGAGAGAAGAGGAGAGAGUUGAAGAGGAAGGCGGUGACAUUGGGGAUAUUAAGGCAAGGAGGUUCAUUCGGGUUAUUUUUGCUCCACAUUUGCCAGAUUGUUCGUGCGAAUUUGUUAUUGAAAGAGAAGGGGUUCUGGGGGUUAAUAGAUGA